CUCGGUAUAAAAGGAGUAUAAUUAUCCGCCGUAAUUUACAAGUAAAACCCUAAACGAGAAGGCUGCCUUUUCCCUCUCUUAAAAAGCCCAAAUGUGGGUUACACUUAAAACCCCUUGACUUGCUUUCAAGCUGAGAAGCGCGGCAAUUGAACAUAAAUGAAAGUUUUUUGUCUGUGAAGGGUUUAAAGACAAUGGCAGCAGCUCUCAGAUGCUUUCGCCGCUUUCUUACUGAAGAUGCGCUGACCUCAGCUUCCUCGUCUCGCGUUUUAUGGAAGCCAUUAAUUGCCGAGCGAGGGUUACUAGCUAGGAACUGGGGAAUUGCAUUGCAAUCAUGCAACUUUUCAUCCAAAGGUAGGAAGAAGAACAAAUCAGACUCCAGUCAAGAAUCUGGUGAUGAGAUGUCUGAAAAGGAAGCUGCCCUUGAAGCAACCUUGAAUCAAAUAGCCAAGGAUUUUGGGAAGGAGACUGUUAUGUGGCUUGGCCGAACUUCUGGCAGAAGACAGGUGCCUGUCAUUUCAACUGGGUCUGUUGGGCUAGACAUUGCACUAGGAGUUGGGGGGCUUCCGAAGGGACGUGUAGUUGAAAUCUAUGGCCCGGAGGCUUCGGGGAAAACAACCCUUGCUCUUCAUGCAGUAGCACAAGCCCAAAAAAGUGGAGGCUACUGUGUUUUUGUUGAUGCAGAACAUUCUCUUGACCCAACACUGGCAGAAGCUAUAGGUGUUGACACAAAAAAUCUACUGCUUGCUCAGCCUGAUUGUGGUGAGCAGGCUCUCUGUCUCGUAGAUACUUUUAUUCGGAGUGGAUCGAUUGAUGUUAUUGUGGUUGAUAGUGUAGCAGCGCUUGUACCUAAAACUGAACUGGAUGGUGAAGUUGGGGAUACUCAUGUGGCACUGCAGGCAAGAUUGAUGAGCCAAUGCCUGCGGAAGUUGACCCAUGCUUUAUCUUGUUCACAAACACUUCUCAUUUUUAUAAAUCAGGUGAGAGCAAAGUUAGGUGGUUUUGGCUUUGGAGGCCCAUUAGAAGUUACGUCUGGAGGAAAUGCAUUGAAGUUUUAUGCAUCUGUCCGAUUAAAUAUCCGUAGAAUUGGAGGUGUAAAGAAAGGGGAAGAGAUGGUUGGAAGCAACGUUCAAGUAAAAGUUGUGAAGAACAAACUGGCACCUCCUUUCAAAACGGCAGAAUUUGAAAUCGAAUUUGGCAAAGGAAUUUCUUCUGCAGCUGAGGUCUUGGAUUUAGGUCAUAAACAUGGAUUAAUCCCAAAAUCAGGGAAUCAUUAUAGUUUGAAUGGUGUAAAAUUCAAUGGUAGAGAUAAAGCCAAAGCAUAUCUUGCAGAGAAUCCAGACACCUGCCAGGAACUCGCAGAGAAUGUAAAAGCAAAAGUUUUAGAGGAUUUAAGAGAUAAACAUGAUGACCUUGAGAAAUCUUUAAAUGCUUCCAUGGAGAAAGCUGUCUCUGAUACAGAUGUUGAAGACACAGAGGUUACCGUAGUGGCUGAAGCAUAGUAUUCUCUAAAGAUGGUUUUGUCAAAUUAUCCUCUAUAUGAAAAUGCAUAACUUGUCUUAUCAUUAGAUAAAUGAAUGCUUUUAUUAGAGGUGUUUCUCUUGUCUCUCAAAAAAAUCAAUGCCAAUGAAGGCACUUUUUACAAGCAUAACAUGUCUUUAUCAGAAGCAGCAGCAAAUAUAUCAUAAGAAUGUACAGAAGUGUCUGAAACUUGGGAACAUACCUAACAAAAGUUGGAGGGGAAAUGUGGUAUUCAGCCGUGCAAUGUUGGAUAUGAAAAUUUUGUUUCUGCCGAAGGUGACAACCAUGGAUAGAUUACAGUGUUGUGACAGAUAUCCUUCUGGAAUGUCAUUAAUGCUUCCGGUUCUCCAAUUUUGUAAUAUUAUUCUAUUUUUAUCAGUAGAAAUGUCAUUGCUCGAGAAAAAAGCAGCUGCACUUCAGUUUUUAUUCCCACUAUUUAACAAAUUAUAUGGAAUAGCAAAAGGAUAAUAGAUAUGAAAAUAUACAAUAUAGAAGAACACGAUUGCCAUUCUGGUGGGUCAAUGGAUUGUGUAAAAGCUAUUUCAGCUUUUUAGUUGUGAAAUUAAUCCAAUAUAUUAAUUUGAACA